AUGUCUGUUGGAGAUAAACUAAAUGAAGCUUUCUGCUGGUUAAAGGAAGAAUUCGAUGGAUUAAUAAAUGAUUUAGAACUUGAUAAAAGUGAAUUAAACGUGAGUGAAAUAUGUACAAAGAUGAACAAUACGAUAAGAAGCAUAAAUGGGACAGAAAAAUUGGAUCUGAAUGGAGAAGAUAAAGAGGGGGGAGGGUAUCACAAAAUAAAAGAACAUAUUGACAGUAACAAAUUGAUAGGAUGGAAUGACUUGAAUUAUUCUGUUUUCCAUUAUAUACGUAUGUACAAUAAAAUUCAUGAAAAGUUGCUUAUCGAAGAUGAUGAGUUUUUUUUUAAUUUUGACGCAGAAAAUUUUUAUGUUAAAAGGAAAUUCACUCCUAGUUUGACGUUCCAUCCAUUGAUAUAUGCAAUUGACGUUGCUUAUUUUAACUUUCUUCUUUAUUUCAUCUCUGGUGGAACAUGUGAUAAAACCGUGGAACCAUAUAUAACUGUUCCAUAUGUCCAGAAUUCUCACAACAGUAUAAAAUAUUCCAAUCGCGAUCGAGCUAGCAGUUUAAGCAGCCUGGAAACUGAUACAACAGAUAUAGUCUAUGUCUAUAGUGAUGAUCAGCAAUACAAACAAAAUUUUCAAAUAAGUGAAGAGGCAUAUGAAGCCUUGAGCAGAGUGUAUACAAAGGUAUCGAGCAUAAAUCGGUACGUUGAUCAAGAGGGAGAAGCGCUCUUCAAUUUUGGAUCCACUCGUGAGGAGAGGCAAGAGGUGGAGAAGCAAGAGGUGGAGAAGCAAGAGGUGGAGAGGCAAGGGGUGGAGAGGCGAGGGGUGAAGAAGAACACAGAUGGGAACCUGAACGAGGCGUACGCCUUCUCCCUGAGACAUAAAGUGUACAUGAUCCACGAAAAGGUGAAUGAAAAAAUUAAAGUUUACAAUGGAGACAUAUCACAAGUGGAUAGUCACGCGAUCGUGCUAUUUGCAAAUCACAAUUAUAAAUAUUCUAAAAAUGUAUGUGAUGAUUUAUAUUCCUCGACGCUGAUGAAGUUGGAAGAAGAAGACCGACUAGAAAUAAAAUCUAAGAAGAGUGGGGAAGUAUAUCUGACAAAUAGCUAUGAUAACAUACAUAAAUAUAUAUUGCAUGUGAUGUUGCCCAAAUAUAAUAGUAAGUAUAUUUUAGCUACUCACAAUACAAUGAAUUUAUGUGUUCAAGAAAUUUUAUACACAUGUUUUGACAAAAAAAUUCAUUCGAUUUCUGUCCCUAUAAUAUCAUUUAAUUUAUUCUUUCCAAUAAAUAUAUUUCUAAUUACAUUUUUAAAGAGCCUACGUUCCCUUCUACUACUACCUCAAUUUUAUAACAACAUCCGAUCAGUUAUUCUUGUUACCAACACCAAUCAUUUAUACAUGUUACUUUUGAAAUAUGUUUCUAUAUUUUUUCCACGAUGUAAUGAGGAAAUGUACCUUUCUGCCAAUAUAGCCAUAUUAGGAAAUAAAUAUGGAUCCAUAGAUGUGCAAAACAGAGGGAUUCGGAUUUUCAAGACUCUGCGUCGUGUGGGACGUGGUGCAAGGGUUGAACGAAAAAGAAAUUCAAACAAAUCCAGAGGUCGCAUGAAGGGCAGACCAAAGAACAAUGUGACGAAUGAUGAACUGGAAAAACAAAUAAAUGACGAUACAAGUACACGUCCUAAUCAUGCAGACAGAACGGACGAGAAAAGUUGCAUUGGUAGAACCACUAAAACCAGGGAUAACAGUUACCAUGAAAAAUCAUUGCGUGGGAGAAAAGGUGAAACUAUGGAAUAUGGAUCGGAUGAAAUGUGCAUACGUCCUGCGAUGUGUGAAUACCCAGUGGAUUUAGUGUCCUCGUCCCUUGAGGAAGCGAGAAAUUUACACGUGCAGAGAUCAUCCCCACCGUCCCCAUCAUCCUCACCGCUGUCAUCGCCAUCAUCAUCGUCAUCAUCAUCUGACAUAUUCAAAGAAGCAGACAGGGAGUUCUUAAACUUAAAAACGGAAAGUGAAAGCCAUAAAAAAUUGUACUGUUUGCGUGAGAUAAAUAAGAAUGAAGAGAACAUGAUGAUGAAUCUGGAAUGGUGCCUCCGCUUGAGUUACAUGUAUGAUAAGAAGAAAAAAUUUAACGAAUUCAAAAAUGGUCUUUUUAUGUAUGAAUAUGGAUCCGAUGAACUAGGCAGAAAUACAGUUGUUAUCAAUUUCUUUAAUUUUCCUGUGAACUAUAAUUAUCACUUGUUAUUUUUUUAUUUAUUAUUUUACUUCAACACAUUUAUGAGGAAUCAUUUUGUUCUUCUAUUCAUAUUUUCUGAAAAUAUUUCCACACAAAUUACAAAUGUUUUGUCGCUUUUCAAGGAUAUUUUCCAAGUCAUUCAAAAAUUUCUCAAAAAUCUGAAAAUUAUAUAUUUCUUCAAUUAUUCUCUAGCCUUCAAGCUCUUCAUUUAUAUCCUCUACCCGUUUAUCCCUUCGAGUAUAUACGAGAAUAUAAUUUACCUGAACGAUGUUACGGAAAUGUCGAAAUAUUUUGACGUCAAAAAAGUCUUGAAGAAAUGA